AUGGCAGAAACCGACUCAGCAACCAAAGUUAUGGAAAAAGAUCCAGCGAGGGCAGAUCCUUUAGACGAUUAUAAGGGGGAGAGAAAGUUCGAAGAUCAGGAUCAGGAUUUUCUUUCCAAUCAAUCUCCUCAACAUUCAAUGAAAGUGGGUCUAUCGAUACAAGUGGUAAGACCGAGAAUUCAGCAUCCAAGACCUGGCCGAUGGCUACUUCAAAUUCAAGUGCCACUUAUCUUAACACAACUUGGGCUAAUCGACUCCCAGCCUAGCUAGACCUGGUGAAAGCAAUCAAGCCAAAGCAACACUUAUUCCUUCAACGGCAAGAGCUGCAGAUGAAAUAGCAGUGGUUAUGCCGACAUUUCCCCUUAUCUUAUUUAUUCCGAUCCGGAUUCCAUUCUUUCGGUUAGGACUCUUUAAGAAGA